AUGGGCGCGCGGUCCGCGCACGCGCGCGCGCCGACGUCGGCGUCGGCGUCGGCGACGGCGCGCGCGCGACGACCGCGCGGACGCGGCGGCGUCGUCGCGACGCGGGCGACGACGGUGAACGAGACGGCCACCGCGCGUGAUUUGCCCAAAGUCCUCGUCGCCGGCGGUGGCAUCGCGGGACUCAUCACCGCGCACGCGUGCCGAAGAAAAGGGAUGGAGGUGACGGUUUUUGAAAAGGUGCGAAAGUACGAGCCGUUCGGGGGACCGAUUCAGUUGCAGUGUAACGCCCAGGGGGCGCUGGAUUCGAUCGACCCGGACGUGGCGGAGGCGGUGAUGCGGGCGGGGACGAUCACGGGUGAUCGCGUGAAUGGAUUGCUCGAUGGCGUCUCGGGGGAGUGGUUUUAUCGGUUCGAUACGCGGAAACCGUGUCACGAGAAUGGGUUGCCGUUGACCUUGGUGUUGUCGCGAUUCGAGCUGUUGGAUAUUUUGAGCAAAGGCGUGGGGGCGGAGAACAUCGAGAUGGGCACGGUGGUGGAGAAGUACGAACAUCGGGGAGAUAAGAUCGUGGCGACGCUCACGGAUGGGACCGAGCACGAGGGCGAUGUGUUGAUCGGCGCCGAUGGCAUUCAUUCGAGGUUGCGCAAACAAAUGCGCGGCGCGGAGACAAAGUUGGCGUACGCCGGGUACGCGGUGUACACGGCGAUUUGCGAUUACUCCCAGCCUCACCGCGAGCCGGUGAACACUGAUCCGAACAAGGUCGGUUACCAAGUGUUCUUAGGCCCGAAGCAAUACUUCGUGAGCUCGGACGUUGGUAACGGACAACAGCAAUAUUACGCCUUUUUGGAGGUUCCGCCCGGGGGCGACGACGAAUUCGCCAAGUGCGAACGAUGGGCGAACUAUCGCGAUAUGUUGCUCGAUCGAUUCAGCGAUUGGUGUCCAGCGGUGUUGGAGCGCCUCGAGUGCACCAAGCCCGAGGAUGUGGAGCGUCGUGACGUGAACGAUCUCUUGCCCGAUCCGCGCUGGGUCGACGGCCGCAUGGCGCUCCUCGGCGACUCGGCGCACGCGGUGCAGCCAAACCUCGGCCAGGGUGGUGGUCAGGCGAUCGAGGGCGCUUACGUCCUCGCCGAUGAGCUCUCAAAGUGCGAAGGUGGGAAGGGUGUGCAAAAGGCGCUGAUGAUGUACGCCGCGAGACGGUUCCUGCGCACAGGCGCCAUUCACGGCUUGUCUCGAUUCUCGUCCCUCAUGAACACCUUCUAUCGAAGAUAUCUCGGCGACGAACCGUACGGAUGGUACCCCGAGCCGGCGAAAGAGAUGUGGCACGAGGUUUCCAAGGCGAAGAUCCCGCAUCCCGGUUCGGUCGUCGGUCAAAUCGCCCUCAUGGCGACGAUGCCCAUCAUCCUCGAGUACGUCGGCGCCGGCUACGGCAUCCCGGGCGUCCUCGGCGGCGCCUCUACGGGCAAUGGCAAGGACCGCGUGCCAAAAUCUCAAGUUCCCGGUAUUUCCGCCCCAAAGCGCGAUCUCACCGCGGACGAUUUCAAGAUGAAAGGCAUCCCGGGUCUCGCCAAGUGA